GAAAGAACAACAAAAAAUUACACUAUUCCUUUAUAUGCAAAGUUUUUGUAUAAGUAGGAAACUUUGAAUAACUAUUUAAGAGGUAAUUCAUUAGUUUGUCUAAACGUUUAUGUGAUAAACAUAUUAUGAAAUUAUAAUUUGGAUCAGGAUUUAACUUUAGUUUGCAUGUACUUUGUUGAUUGAAUAAAAGUUGACUGACUGGGAGUUUUACUUUCAUUGAAGAUGGGAGUAUGGAGGGGGGUAAACUUCUCCUUUCAUUUUUGUGUGACACAAAACCCUGCAGACCUGAUUUAUUUCCACCAUUCCUCCCAAGCGUGGCUUCUCUUCAUUUGCUCUGAGGCAAACAAGAAUCUAGGCAGGUUUAAGUAAUUAGUGUUUCCAGAGCUUUUCUGUUCAUUUGCAAACAUGAAUAACUUCUGGACAGCUGUUAUUACCCUCAGUGCUGUGAUUGCCACAGCACAAUGCCUGCAGUGCCGCCAGUGUCCUGUCGCUGUAUUUGGGAACUGCCUGUUUGGGAAAGACGUCACAUGUUCAGAGCAGGAGAGCUGUGCCGCCUCAGAAGCAAAGUUUAACGCCACUGGGUCGCCGACUCUUCACAGCCGAGGCUGCCUGUUCUCCAGCUUCUGUGGGAGAACCCUUACUGGAACCCUCAUCGGUGCCACUUACACCAGCACCUUCUCAUGCUGCGACACAGACCUGUGCAACGGAGCUACUUCUGUCCAGCUGUCUCUGAGUGUGGCCCUCAGUGUUGCCCUCCUGUCCUCACUGUGGGGUUUCUGGGAGUUGUAGUCCAACAUGAGAUGCCUCUUUGCUCAAUAAUUCUCACUUGCUUUUUCUCAGAUUUGUUUUUCAAAUCCUCCAUCCUUUAAAUUAAGUUUAUGUUAAGUAAUAAAAUUUAUACUCCAGUUUCAGCAGAGAGCAAAUCAGAAGUCCACAAAAUCUGUAUUAUUUUAGUCCAAUUAUUCUAUAUAAUUGGAAAUGAACUGGACCUGCCUGUUUUUUAAUUUGCCCUAAUUUGACAGUUGUUUACUUUUGGUACUUAAAUAAAUUGAAAUAAUCUUUAUAGAAAUUUGACAUUACACUGUUUUAUUAUGUUCGGUUCUUUCCAGACUUUCUAUAUUUACAUCUGGACUGGUCAGAUAUGUAUGUAUUAUUGUUUGUGUGCAUCUUGUUUGACUUGCCUUUUAACAUAUCUUAUGGUUUUUGAUCAUAUCGGUAUUGGUGUGGAAUGGCUUUAAAUCGUUUUGCAGUGGCCUUUGUGUUGUCAGUGACUUGAUGCAAUUAGCUGUGUUUCCUUGCAAAUAAAACUAUUUCCCAAUUGGCAUUAAAAUGGUCAUUUGACUCCACUGUGUUAUAAUGGAGCUGGAAAUAAACUGGAAUAUAUGCAACUGAAUUUGAAA